AAACAGAGUAGUGUGGAAAGAAAGAAAACAGAGUAUCCCCUUGAAUAUCCCACUCUCGUUUUCUAUAUGGAUCCAUAUUUUGUUCAGUCACCGUUCUCCGCCUUCUCGCCGGAAUAUUCUCCCGAAUCUUUCUCCUCCUCAUCGUCCAACAACUACUCUCUCCCGUUCAACGAGAACGACUCGGAAGAAAUGCUUCUCUACGGACUAAUCGAGCAGUCCACACAGCAAAACGUUCCGGUCAAAACAGAGGAAGAGACCGGAACAUCAAGAAAGCCAGAGAAGUCGUACAGAGGCGUAAGACGACGGCCAUGGGGGAAGUUCGCGGCGGAGAUAAGAGACUCAACCCGAAACGGUAUUAGGGUUUGGCUCGGAACGUUUGAAAGCGCCGAAGAAGCGGCUCUUGCUUAUGACCAAGCGGCUUUUUCCAUGAGAGGCUCGUCGGCGAUAUUAAAUUUUCCGGCGGAGAGAGUUAAAGAGUCGCUUUCGGAGAUUAUGUACAGCUACGAGGAUGGGUGUUCACCGGUGGUGGCGUUGAAGAGGAAACACUCGAUGAGAAGGAGAAUGACCAAUAGGAAGACGAAAGACACUGACUUUGAUCACAGCUCCGUGAAGUUAGAUAAUGUAGUUGUGUUUGAGGAUUUGGGAGAACAGUAUCUUGAGGAGCUUUUGGGUUCUUCUGAAAACAGUGGGGCCUGGUGAAGAUUUUUUUUCUGUAUAAUUUGUGUUUAUAGGGUCCUUAAGCUUUUCGAUGUUUCUAAAUUUAGCCCCCAAUAUUUGUUUUUCAUUUUUAUUGUUUUUUUUUUGGCAAUCCGCCAAUAUUUUUAUUUGUGACAGUCUAAUAUUUGAUAUAUUGAGAAAACAUCGAAACCAACUCGUACUUAUUUUUGUGAUA